GCCAAUCAGGAGUGGAGUCAGUCCCCUCACCAAGACCUGUUAUUUUCUCUGUACAGUACAGAGCGUUCUCCUCUUUCUCUCCAUGAUUUCCUGAAACCCCUUUUCUCUUCCUGCUUCUCCCAGAAGGGCUCUCACCUCUGGGCUCUCAUUCUGCCAAGAACUCUUGCCCUAUUAGCAUUUUUCAGCUACUCUCCUAUCCUGCCCGGCUGAGCAGAGUGUUGGAGGGAUUAUCUAGAGUCUUGCGUUAACUGUGACACCACCAUGACUGGGCUCAGAAUCCUGUGCGCCUUGCUGCUCACUUCUCACCUGGCCAAUGGGAAGAGAAUCAAGGGAAACAGAGCAGCAGAUCCUGAGCAGCAUCCUAACCUGAGAAUGAAGAGGCCCCAUACACCCAACUCAGUCUUCAGGCUGUACACCGAGGGAGAUUCCAUGGACGACACCUGCACUUUGGAGCCCUUCCGUCCUCACACUCUGACCUCCUGCGGCUUCAACAGCAGUCUUCCUCUCAUCAUCAUCACACACGGCUGGUCGGUCGAUGGUAUGAUGGAGAGCUGGCUUCCUAAGCUGGCCACAGCUCUGAAGACCAGCCUGAGAGACGUCAACGUGGUAAUUACUGACUGGCUGUCUCUGGCCCAUCAGCACUACCCCACAGCAGCACAGAACACUCGGGCGGUGGGUCUGGACAUAGCCCACCUGCUGCACUGGCUGGAGGAGUACUACCAGUUUCCUGCAAAUAAGGUUCAUCUGAUUGGCUACAGCCUUGGCGCUCACAUCUCAGGAUUUGCAGGCAGCUACCUGGGAGGGGCAGGAAAACUAGGACGAAUUACUGGGCUGGACCCAGCAGGGCCCCUGUUUGAGGGCAUGUCCUCCACAGACAGACUCUCCCCUGAUGAUGCCCACUUUGUGGAUGCCAUCCACACCUUCACCCAGGAGCGCAUGGGUCUGAGUGUGGGCAUCAAGCAGCCUGUGGCACACUACGACUUCUACCCCAACGGGGGCGAAUUCCAACCAGGAUGCCACCUUAAGAACCUAUAUGACCACAUAACUCAAUAUGGACUCAUGGGUUUUGAGCAGUCAGUGAAAUGCGCACACGAGCGUUCAGUCCACCUGUUUAUCGACUCCCUGUUGAACAAAGAUAAGCAGAGCACAGCCUACAGGUGCAGUGAUGACAAUGCCUUCGGAAAGGGCAUUUGCCUAGACUGUCGCAAGAACCGCUGCAACAAACUUGGCUACAACAUCAAGAGGGUCCGCACCGGCACCAGCAAGAAGUUUUAUCUGAAGACUCGCUCCCACAUGCCUUACAAACUUUACCAUUACCAAUUCAGGAUUCAAUUUGUCAACCAGAUAGAGAGGAUCGAGCCCUCUCUCACCAUCUCCCUUACUGGGACUAAAGAGGAGAGCGAAGACCAGCCUAUCAGUUUAUUAGAGGAGAUCUCAGGGAAUAAGACCUACACCUUCCUGAUCACUCUGGACCAGGACAUUGGUGAUCUCAUGAUGCUGAAGUUCCGCUGGGAUGGGACUGCUCUCUGGAAGAACGUGUGGAGCAAGAUGCAGACCAUCAUGCCCUGGGGGGGCGGGGGGAAGGGCCCCCAGCUCACCGUGGGCAGAAUCAGCGUCAAGGACGGAGAGACACAGGAGAGGACAAACUUUUGUGCCAAGACAAACGAUGGGCAGCAUGUUCAACCCUCACAAGAAAAAGUUUUUGUCCGUUGCAAAGAAGAUAAUCAAAAGCAGCGUAGAAAAAAGAAGUUAAUCCAUGCCUAGACUUGACGCUCCCUGUUUAAAUGAGGACAAAUAACGUAAUAAUGUACUACUUGGAAACUGAUGAAGGUUCAAUUUGACUCAUUACCUAGCCUGGUCAGUGCUCGAUUUGUAUUCUUCUGUUUAUUGCCGUUUUGGUUUGUAUAAUUGUCAUUUACCAUUUUUCCACUAAAUACCGUUCACCUUCACCAUCUUUGAGAAAUAUUGGCAAUAAAUUAAAGAUGUACCUAUU